AACAGCCGCCAUCUUGUCGCGGCUCGGAAUCAGGAUUUCGACAGAGCACUAUUUUUUAUUUUUGGACACGGAGCACCCAAAUCGAGGUUUGACGACACCGUUCAUCCGAAAAGGACACAUUUAAAUCGCCUCGAAGGAAUUUUGGGCGGAAAAGCUUGGAAUUAAUAGCUGUUCCUCGGCCACAAAACCCUCGUAUAUCUGAUUUCCCCUUCAGAGUGACGCUUGCGUCCGUAUCUGCGCUCUGACCAGUUAUUGUCGGAGGACCGACAGCGCCGAGGGGACGAUUUUGCAGAAAUAUCGCAUUUUUAUGCAAUCGUACAUCGGAGGACUUAUUGCACGGGAAAAAUUGACGUCAGAAAAUGGAUCGUACUCCGAUGCAAAUUUAACGAGGCUCGCGCGCAAGGAUUCCUGUGGAUGUUUUUAUUGUGGAUUUUAUGUUGAAUUCGCGGAAAGGAGGCGUUUUCUUUUGGCAAUACAACGAUGAUAAUGUGGGUGUUGGGUGUUGGAUUAUCAUGGGGUGAAUUGUGGUGGCGACGCGGGGCGCUGUUGCUGCUCUUUUGAACAAGAUCCUCCGCCGAGCCGCUCCACACGUCUCAGAAUAGUAAGCCAACAUCUGUCUAUUCUACCGAAAGGAUUCCCCCAAUACUCGGUCAGAAGCACAUCAUAACCUGUCGCAAUGGCUGAUAAUCUCCAUGAAGUUGGUCCUUCAAACGCGAAGCGAGCGAAGCUGACAGCACCUGCUCCGGACGCGCCAGAGUUGGGCUCACUUUCCUGGGAUGACCUGGAGAAUGAUCUUCCAGAUGAGCUGAUUCCUAACGGAGAACACCUGGGGCUGAUGUCCAUUCCCUCUAACGGAGGUUCUACAGGUACAGGCGGUCAUGGCAACAUGAUUCCCGACGCUGCUGCCAAGCACAAGCAACUCUCUGAGCUCCUUCGGCCAGGUAGCAGCACCAACCUCAGUGUUGGGCUGAACUCAGCAAGUCCGCAGCCUGGGGGAAUGGCAGAUCAGCUAGGCAGGCUGGGAAAGAGUCCCCUGGGCCAGGGAUCCCCUUCCCAUCCCUCGCAAACACAGAAACCUGGUGGUCCUGGUACACAGGGCAAUAAUGCUGGCACAGCUGGCAUGGGACUCAGCACAGGAUUUAACCAGACCAUUCUGAACAGCGCCCAGUCGCACGGUAUGAUGGGACAGAACGCGGGCACUCAGCAGGGUCAGGUGAUCAAUGGAACUCUUGGGUCUGUAGGCCGCGGCCGGGGUGCGGCAGGAAUGCAGUACCCAAGUAGCACUAUUCAAGUUGUACCUUCUGUAGGGGUUGGGGCAGCAGGGGCAACAGCACCUGGAGGAGCAGGCAGUGUUUUGGCCGAGACUCUCACACAGGGGGCACAGCAGAUGGGCAUCAAUUCUCAACAGGCCGGCAGCAUCAACAAGAUGGCCAUGGCAGGUGGCAGUAGUCCUUUUGGUCAGUAUCAGAGUGCAGGGCAACAGAUGGGCACAACCAGCGUUAACACUCAACUACAGAACAAAGGUGCCCUGCCCAACAGCUUACCCUCUUUUCCCACUGAUCUGAAGGGAGCCGCGGUCACCAGCAUGCCAAACAUGCCCCAGCAGCAGGUCCCGGUGGGGAUGGUGGCUGGUCAGAGCGUGUCCACAGGCCCCACUGCCGACCCGGAGAAGCGCAAGCUGAUCCAGCAGCAGCUGGUUCUGCUGCUCCACGCCCACAAGUGCCAGCGGCGUGAGCAGGCCAAUGGCGAGAUGAGAGCCUGCGCGCUGCCACACUGCCGGACCAUGAAGAACGUACUCAACCACAUGACACACUGCCAGGCUGGCAAAUCAUGCCAAGUGGCUCACUGUGCUUCAUCGAGGCAGAUCAUCUCUCACUGGAAGAACUGCACGAGGCAUGACUGUCCCGUCUGCCUCCCACUGAAGAACGCUAGUGACAAACGUAACCAGCAACCAAUGCUGAGUUCCCCCAGUGCCAGUCUGCAAACCGCCAUCGGAUCCAUUGGGACAGGGCAGCAGACAGCAUCCACUCUAAACAGCUCCACACCCAUCGACCCCAGCUCCAUGCAGCGGGCAUAUGCUGCCCUCGGCCUCCCCUACAACAAACAGACCCCCACGCAGGCCCAAUCACCCUCACAGACGCAGGGCCCUGGGCAGCUGACUGCGCAGACAUCACAGACACAGCACCAGCAGCAGAUGAGACCACUCAAUGCGCUCGGGGGAAGUCAAAUGAACCUUAGUGGGGGUGCAAUAGGCGUACCGACAUCAGAACAAUCGAAGCUGCUCCCGGAUGGCACCAUGCCAUCCACCCUUAACACUAACAAUCAGCUGAUGUCAGACGGCCCUCUGUUAGGCAGCAUGGGUAACCUGCCCACAGCGGCCCCUCUUUCUGCAAGCAGUGUGAGGAAGGCCUGGCACGAGCACGUCACUCAGGACCUCCGGAACCACCUUGUACACAAAUUGGUGCAGGCCAUCUUCCCCACGCCAGACCCCGCUGCUUUGAAGGACCGUCGUAUGGAGAACCUUGUGGCGUAUGCACGGAAAGUGGAGGGGGAUAUGUACGAGUCUGCCAACAGCAGGGACGAGUACUAUCACUUUCUGGCAGAGAAGAUCUAUAAGAUCCAGAAAGAGCUGGAGGAGAAGAGAAGGUCUCGAUUACAGAAGCAGAAUAUUAACCAGACGGCCACGACACAACAGCCAACAGCUCUCAACCAGCCCAAUGUCAUGAGACCUCAGUCACAGAAUGGACCCGUGCCUUUGCCCAAUGUGCCAAAUCAGAUCAUCAGUCUCAUGCAGGUGUCACAAGGAAUGAAUCCAUUCAGUGCAAUGACUAAUGUCCCGAUGUCUCAGGCUCCCAUGGCAACUCGUGCUGCUUCUCCUAUAAACCAUCCACAACAGAUCAACAUGAACCAAGUCCCAACGAUGAACAUGUCACCCACGCGAAUGCCUCAGACGCAAGGCAUGCUGGGAUCCCAUGGCGGGAACAUGGUGGCGCAGACAGCCAAUCAGACACAGUUCAUUCCCCAGGCACAAUUCCCCAACAACAACAAUGCCAUGAAUGUCAACAUGGGCCAGCCUAACUCACAAGCUGCCGUUUCACAGCAGCAGCAGAACGCUAAUCUUCCCCUGAAUGCACUUGGCUCCUUGGGCCCUCAGCUAGGAUGUCCCACACCACCUCAGGCUUCACACCGCACCACACCACCCCCCACCACAAGCACCACUAACCUGCCAGUAGCACUGCAGCCAUGUCAGGCCUCCACACCCACCCCCGUCCCUGCUCAGGACCCGCCUCACACACAGUCCCAGACGGAGCUGCCCAUACCCACCCAGCAGCUCCCAGGAACACCGAGUGGUGAAAACCGAAUACCCACCCCAGCUUCGGCAACCAGCACAGAGUUGCACUCCCAACAUGCUGUGCCUGACAUGCCACCAAUUGAGACUAAAACAGAAGAGCAGGAUUAUGAAAUGGGAAUUAAAACCGAGCCCAAGAUGGAGGAGGAUGCUAGCUCCAUAUUGGUCAAGAAGGAGGAACAAGAGUGCUUGGAAGCCAAGCAGGAGCCAAUGGAGACGGAGGACAAGACAGACAUGAAGACUGACAUCAAAGAGGAAGAUGAAGGCAGGACAAAUGGCACAACAUCGUCUUCACCAUCCCAGUCUCGCAGAAUCUUUAAGCCAGAAGAGUUGAGACAAGCAUUGAUGCCCACUCUGGAAUCUCUGUACAGGCAGGAUCCCGAGUCGCUGCCCUUCCGUCAGCCUGUGGACCCGAUUCUUCUUGGAAUUCCUGACUACUUCGAUAUUGUUAAAAAUCCCAUAGACCUGUCCACUAUCAAACGAAAAUUGGACACAGGUCAGUACCAGGAGCCCUGGCAGUAUGUAGACGACGUUUGGCUGAUGUUCAAUAAUGCCUGGCUGUACAACAGGAAGACAUCACGUGUGUAUAAAUACUGCUCCAAACUGGCUGAAGUGUUCGAGCAGGAGAUCGACCCCGUCAUGCAGGGCCUCGGUUACUGUUGCGGAAGAAAGUACGAAUUUUCUCCCCAGACUCUGUGUUGUUACGGCAAGCAAUUGUGUACAAUACCCCGAGAUGGCACUUAUUACAGCUUUCAAAACAGGUAUCAUUUCUGUGAGAAGUGCUUCAAUGAGAUUCAGGGAGACAGCGUGACGCUAGGAGAUGAUCCAGCUCAGCCACAGACCAUGAUCUCUAAAGACCAGUUUGAAAGGAAGAAGAAUGACACGUUAGAUCCUGAACCGUUUGUUGAAUGUAAAGAUUGUGGGCGGAAGAUGCAUCAGAUAUGUGUACUUCAUUACGAUGUCAUUUGGCCUUCUGGCUUCAUCUGUGAAAACUGUUUGAAAAAGAGUGCAAAGUCGAGAAAAGAGAACAAGUUUUCAUCAAAAAGGUUGCAGACAACGCGGUUAGGCACGUACAUAGAGGAUCGGGUGAACAAGUACUUGAAGAGGCAGAACCAUCCGGAAGCCGGAGAAGUGUUUGUGCGAGUCGUAGCCAGUUCAGAUAAAAUGGUGGAGGUCAAACCUGGCAUGAAGGCCAGGUUUGUAGACACAGGAGAGAUGUCCGAGACCUUCCCCUACAGAACCAAAGCACUUUUUGCGUUUGAGGAGAUUGACGGAGUGGACGUGUGUUUUUUUGGCAUGCACGUUCAAGAGUAUGGCUCUGAUUGUCCUUUCCCUAACACCAGACGGGUGUACGUAUCGUACCUUGAUAGUAUUCACUUCUUCAGACCUCGCAUGCUGAGAACAGCAGUCUAUCAUGAAAUCCUCAUUGGUUAUUUGGAAUACGUCAAGAAGCUUGGAUACGUUACUGCUCACAUAUGGGCGUGUCCGCCUAGUGAAGGUGAUGACUAUAUCUUCCAUUGUCACCCUGCCGACCAGAAGAUCCCCAAACCCAAGCGCCUGCAGGAGUGGUACCGCAAAAUGUUGGACAAGGCCUUUGCUGAGCGGAUACUACAUGACUACAAGGACAUCUUUAAGCAAGCCACAGAGGACCGGUUGACGAGUGCAAAUGAGCUUCCUUAUUUUGAGGGUGAUUUCUGGCCCAAUGUGCUGGAGGAGAGCAUCAAGGAGCUGGAACAAGAGGAAGAAGAAAGGAAGAAAGAGGAGAACACGGCAUCUUGUGAAACUCCUGAGGGCACGCCAGGGGACAGUAAAAAUGCAAAGAAGAAGAAUAACAAGAAAACUAAUAAGAAUAAAAGCAGUGUGAGCCGAGCCAAUAAGAAGAAACCUGGCAUGCCGAAUGUAGCCAAUGACCUCUCUCAGAAACUCUACUCCACCCUGGAGAAACACAAAGAGGUGUUUUUUGUAAUCCAUCUGCAAACGGGGCCCAUGGUCAACACUUUACCGCCCAUCAAUGAUCCUGAUCCCCUGCUGACCUGCGACCUAAUGGACGGAAGGGACUCCUUCCUGACAUUAGCACGGGAUAAGCACUGGGAGUUCAGCUCUCUACGCCGCUGCAAGUGGAGCACCAUGUGCAUGCUGGUGGAAUUGCACAACCAGGGUCAGGACCGCUUUGUCUACACCUGUAAUGAAUGUAAACACCACGUAGAGACACGCUGGCACUGCACUGUCUGUGAGGACUUUGACUUGUGCAUUAAUUGCUACAACACUAAGGGCCAUGAGCACCAGAUGGUUAAGUGGGGUCUGGGUCUGGAUGAUGACAGCAACAGCCAAAGUGGCGAAGCCUCCAAGAGUCCUCAGGAGAGUCGGCGUCUAAGCAUCCAGCGUUGCAUCCAGUCUCUGGUGCACGCCUGCCAGUGCCGCAAUGCCAACUGCUCCCUGCCUUCUUGUCAGAAAAUGAAGCGUGUGGUGCAGCACACCAAAGGAUGCAAACGCAAGACAAACGGCGGCUGCCCGGUGUGCAAGCAGCUCAUCGCGCUAUGCUGCUACCAUGCCAAGCACUGCCAGGAAAACAAGUGCCCUGUUCCCUUCUGCCUCAAUAUCAAGCACAAGCUGCGUCAGCAGCAGCUGCAACACAGACUGCAGCAGGCACAGAUGAUGCGGCGACGGAUGGCCACUAUGCAGGGACGAGCCAUGCCUCAGAGCCUACCGUCGCCCCCUGCAUCGACAGCCCCCAGCACACCCACCUCCCAUCAGCAGCCCAAUACGCCCCAAACACCGCAACCGCUGUCCAGCCAACCAACCACGCCCAAUGCAGGUGUCAUCUCCCCCGCCUAUCCCAGCGCACCCCGCAAUGGGCAGUCCACUCCGCAGGCCUUGCAGGGUAAACCAGGCCCGCAGGCUUCCCCACUACGCCAACAGCAGUCUCCACUCCCCCAGCCUCCCCAACAGCAGCCACCGCAACAACCUUCUCAACAGCAGGCUCCGCCACUGGCUGCGGUAAAAAUGGCACGGCACAUAGAGAUGGUCGCGCAGGCACAACAUAACCAGAACUACCGCAUGAACAUGAAUGGCCUUCCCAUGAAUCACCAGCAACCACGCAUGCCAGGCCCCAUGCAGCUUGUUGGGCCACGUGGGCAGCAGGUAAUGCAGCAAGUGCCGCAGGGACAGUGGCCUGGAGGUCCUCAGGCAGGCUUGCAAGCAGCUCAGCAGCAGGUUGCUCCACAGCAGAGUGCACAGGGUCCCCAGCAGGCCAUGCCUAUGCAGAGACCCACAAUGCAGCAGCAAACACCACAGCAACGCAUGAUGGUACCCACACAGGGCCAGCGACCUCAAGCACCCCCGAGACCUGGAGCCAUUGCCCCCAAUGCCUUGCAGGACCUGCUGCGCACCCUGAAGUCACCCAGCUCACCCCAACAACAACAGCAGGUCCUAAACAUCCUCAAAUCAAACCCGCAACUCAUGGCUGCCUUCAUCAAACAGAGGACAGCGAAAUACCACGCCAAUCAGCCGCAGCAGCAACAACAGCAGCCGCAGCAGGGCAUGCAUGCAGUUCAGCCAGCGAUGCAGGGAAUGGCAGCCAUGCAAGGAGUGCCACGGCCUGGCAUGGCCUCCCAGCAGCAACCGCAGCAGCCUACACCACAGAGCAUGGCAACUCUCGGGCAGAAUCAGCUCAUGAACCCUGCACAUGCUAACAACCCGCAGCUUCAGGAGUUAUACCGCCGUCAGCUUUUGCGGCAGCAACAACAGCAGCAGGGAGUGAUGCCGCAGGCACAUGGCCAGUUCCCACAGGCUCAAGGGGCUGCAACCAACUACACGCAACUGCGUAUGCAGCAGCAGCAACAGCAGCAGCUGGCCAUGCAAGGAGCAGGGGGGCCCAUGGGCCAGCUGGCUCCCAUAGCCCAGAUGGGACAGGCUGGUAUGGAUGGCACACCCAACCUCCUGCAUCAACGCAUGCUCCAGCAACAGCAGCAGCUUUCACAACAGCAGAACAUCCUCAAGCCUCAAAUGGGCUCACCAGUGCAACCAAGUCCCAUGAGCCCACAAGCUCACCUGUUGUCUGGCCAGCCGCAGGGCGCACACCUGCCUGGCCAGCCCAUGGCUAACGCACUCAGCAAUCAGGUGUGCUCGCCAGCACCUGUGCAGUCACCCAGACCGCCGUCGCAACAACCUCCUCCACAUUCCAGUCCUUCCCCACAGAUUCAGCCACAGCCAUCGCCACAGCAUGCGCCAACCCAUACAGGAUCACCACACCCUGGCCUGGCAAAUCCCAUGCCUGGCUCUAUGGAGCAAGGACACCUGGGUACACCCGAGCAGAGUGCCAUGCUCCCACAGCUUAAUACACCUAACCGCAGAGGGCUGCCUAGUGAUUUAAGUAUAGUGGGAGACACAACAGGAGACACGCUGGAGAAAUUUGUGGAGGGAUUGUAGCGUUUUCUGGGAGACUCCACCCACCAUAGUCUCCCCGUUUCUCUUUAUUGUGGCUCCGUUGGUUUUUCUCGAAUAGUCUCACAUUUUUGUACUGACAUGUAAAAAGUUUGAAAUGUAAGAAGAAAAAAAACGAAAUUUAAGUCGACAAGAAACAAAAGACUGAUAUUUCUUCCUUUUCAGAAGGAUUUAAAAAUUGUUGUGUAAAAGAAAUAUAAAUCACAAAGAAUAUAUUUUUUGUUCAAUUUUGACCUAUGUGCGGUCAUAUGCCUUUUGUUUUAACAUUUUGGGUUUGUGUUUUGUUUUGGGAGGUCUGGUUUCAUGCCUUUUCUUUUUUUAAGAAAAUUUACAAAACUUCAUUAUAUUAUUCAUAACUUUUAUUUUAUACCUUAUCUAACUUUACAGCAUUUUGUGUUGAAAGACUGUAAAAAUAACUUGUCUGGGAGUUUUGGUCAGGGUUUCUCUACUUUGUGUGUCAUCCUUUCUGGCGAUUGUAUUCUAGUGUUGUACCAUUUUCUUUUCAGACAUGCAUUUGGAGGGAUCCCCUCCUUUCCUCAUUGUGAAGUUUAUAUGAGGAGAACUAUUUGUAUUGAUAAGAACUGUGCAUACGCAUGUAUGCAGACACUGAGACAGACACACACACAUAUGCAUCCCUUAGACAAUACAACACCGACCCCACGAGGACAUGUACACAUUUACAACAUCUCACUGGCGUGGAUCCAGAGGUUCUGUCUAGCAGAUGUAGAACAUUUUUGCUUUUUGUCCUAAUUUUGUUAUACAGAUAUAUAAAUAUAAAGAGAGCUAGAGAGAGAAAGAGAAUGUGGGAGAGAGAGGGGCCCCUAAGCUGAGUGGGAGGGAAUGGGUGAUCACUUGGUUUACUGCUUGUUGUAACAGAAUGGGUUCUGCUAUCGGCCCUUAUUCCUCUCACACAAACUUGAACUGGGGCUCUACUGUUUCCCUUAAUGUAAAUCAAGUUAAGCAAAAUACUAUAAAUAUAAGGAAGAUAGAAUGGAAUCACUGUAUAAAACAUAUUUCUUUCUUAUAUACCAUAUUGUUAAAUAAACUGUGUGCAACAGAUCAAAAGCAUGUGUCUUCAAUGUAAUUCUAUUUUAAUAUUCUACUUUUUACAUAUAAUGGUAAUGGAAGAAUUGUGGUCCGUAAUGAGUCAGACAGGUGUCUGUGGAAAUGUUUUUUCAUAUAAAAAAAAUAAAUCUGAUCUUAAAAUAUA